UUCCUUCUCUCUCUCCUGCCAGGGAGGCAGCACAGCAGCAAGUAUCCCUCAAAACCUCCCCCAAACCUCUUCUCCUCCGCCACCGCCCAUGGAGGUUCCCUCCGCCGUUCAGCCCCUUUCAUCCGCCCCACCGCCACAAACCCCUCAUCUCAACUAUCCCGAGUCCGUCGACUCCUCUCCUCGAUCCCGGAACACUGAUUCAUGGGAUGAGCCUGUCCCUCCGGCCGCCGCAGCCGCGGCCUCCUCCAAACUUCGGUUCAUGUGCAGCUAUGGUGGCCACAUCGUCCCUCGUCCCCAUGAUAAGUCCCUCUGUUACGUUGGUGGGGAAACGCGUAUCGUUGUUGUUGAACGUAACACCUCCCUUUCUGACCUUUCCUCUCGUCUCUCUAAAACCUUCCUCAACGGCCGUCCCUUUACUCUCAAGUACUUGCUUCCCACUGAAGACCUUGAUUCUCUUAUUUCUGUGACCACCGAUGAAGACCUCGAUAACAUGAUCGACGAGUACGAUCGAAUUUCUAAUUCGUCACUGAAACCCUCUAGAAUCCGCCUCUUCUUGUUCACGGCGAAGCCCGAUUCGACCCAAUCGAUACCCAUAAUUAACAGCUCCGCUAAGUCAGAGGAUUGGUUUCUGGGUAUGCUUAAUAGAGGGUUUUCGGAUUCUGGUUCUGUUAAUUUGUUGAUGGGUUUUGAUGAUGAGCUUGGUGCGGGCAAUCUGGAUGGGGGUUCGAAAGAUGUCGAGCCUGUGAGUUCUGGAUCUUUUGGAAAUGGCAAGAGUGCGAAGCAGCAUGGUCAGGAUGUUCACUCUGUGCCCGAUUCACCUAUGCUGGAAACCACAUCUUCCUUUGGGUCCACUUCUUCAUCGCCGUCGGUGGCGAAUUUGCCGCCAAUUCGGGUUCAUAUUGAUGAUGGUAGUGGUGGGGGAGCAAGGGUACAGGAUCAGAAGGCGGUGGGGAUUGAGGAUCAGCUCGCUCAAAUGGGUGUGGGUGGCGGACAGAAGCAAGAUGAGGGUUUUCUGAUGUCUUCACCUCCUACUAUGCCGGCAUCCACCGUCCCGGCCGGCGUGCCUGUUGGCUCCUCGGUCCCUCCCGGCGAAUACCAGAAUCGUGUUGUCUCUGAUGAUGAGAGAUCAGACUAUGGAGUCCUUGGGGGUUACAGGAAACCUCCCCCACCGCAGCCACAGACGGUGCCUCAGCCUCAGAUUCUGCAUACACAAUUGCAGCAGAAGCCGACUGGAGGCGUUGAUCUGCCUUCUCCAGAUUCAGUUUCAAGUGACAGUAGUAUGAAAAAUGCAAUGUCGCGCCCACAACCUAUGGUCUAUCAAGACCAAGCCCAGCUCCAAAUUCCCUCAGGAGCUGCGAGGGUUCCUAGUAAUCAGGUUGAUCCGAAACUGAUGUCUGAUUCUCAUGGUCGGAUCCAAAUGCAGCAACAAGUAUUGGAGCAGGGAUAUGUUUUGCAACAACAAUUUGAUCAUCAUCAACAACAACAACAACAACCACCUCAACAGCAGCACCAAUUUAUACAUGGAACACAGCAACAAGUACAGGAAGCAGGAUAUGUAUUACAACCUCAAUUUGAUCAACAACAGCAACAAUUUAUACAUGGCACACAUUUCAUUCACCAUGCCCCUUCUGGUGCUGCGCCACUGUCUGCAUUUUAUCCUGUAUAUCCUUCCCAGCAGCAGAUUCAUCCCCAGCAUCAUCAUCAGCUUGAACAGCAGUAUCAGGUUUACUAUGUUCCCAGCAGACAGACCCAACCUUACAACUUGUCUUCACAGCAGCCUAAUAUUAGUGAACCUCCUGCAACAAUUCCUUCUAACCGCGCCCAGACAACACAGAAUCCUGCUUUGGUUCAGCCAUCUGCAGCUUAUAACCCCAUCAGAAAUGCUCCGGUGCCUAAAUCUGAAAUGACAGCAGGUGCAUAUAGAACAGCAUAUUCGGCCACCCCUCAAGUGGUUCAAGUUGCUUCUGGUCAGCCUCAGCAGCAAUUUGUUGCCUAUUCCCAGUAUCAUCAUCCAUCUCAGGCUGCUGCCCCCAAUUCUGCUGCCUCGGCUAGUUAUGCUUACGAGUAUGCAGAUCCUGCUCACGCCCAGAUAUACUUCUCUCAGCCUCUGGCACCCACAAUGCCUUCACAGUACCAAACUAUGACGGGUGCUGCCGCUGCAGGACAUCCAGAUGUUUCUGCCCAGCCACCCUCAGACAGCAUGAAGCAGCAGAUAAGAACAUCACAGCCACAGUAAGUCAGUCCCAAGUAAAGAAACAAUUUUGAAGAAAAAUGGGUUUGAUAUAUUCUUUUCCCUUUAAUUUUUCUGUUUCUGUUGUGUUAUUGGUACCUGUUUGUGGGUUUGUAUUUGUGAUAGAUUAUUAAAAACUCAUCUCAUCUUGUACUUCUUCUAUGUCAUAAUUUAUACAAAUUGAUAGUCCAAGGUUAUACUGUAAAAGGUCAAAGACUCAAAAUUGUUUUGUCAAGUCCAAAUAUUGAUUCAUGAAUUAUUGUUGUGUAAAUUAGCAGGCAUUGUUCCUGGGUUC